CUAGAUGCCAUCUUGCCGGCUCUAGUCCUCCGGGCCAGAACAACAUCCGCCAGCCGCUCUUCUCUGUGUCCAAUGAGAGAGCAGGAUGGGCCAAGCGUGCUAGGAUUGGCUGGAGGAUCGACGCCAUCGACGAUCAUUUCCUGAGAGCGAGAAUUCGACGAGCGAUGUGCCGCCCCCUAGAGCCUCGGAGGAGAGGUCCUGGAGUGACAGCGGCCCGGUGUGUGUAGAGGGGGGCGGGCCCGAUCGAUGUUCUCGGGCUCCGACGCCCUGACCUGACGGGAAGCGGGUGGACUCCGCUCUCCCUGGAGAGUUGAACCUUGGGACAAUGUGGAGCAGUGAUCGCUUGGCGGGUGCGGGGUCUGGUGGGACGGUCGUGACGAUAGCUUUCACGAACUCUCGGGACUGCUUCCUGCAUCUGCCGCGGCGCCUCGUGGCCCAGCUUCACCUGCUGCAGAAUCAAGCUAUAGAAGUAACUGGGGACCGCCAGCCUACCUACUUGAGCUGGGUAGAAGGCAGGCAUUUUAAUGAUCAAAGUGAAAAUGUGGCAGAAGUUAAUAGACAAGUUGGACAGAAACUUGGACUCUCGAGCGGGGAUCAGGUGUUUCUCAGGCCUUGUUCCCAUGUGGUAUCUUGCCAACAGGUUGAGGUGGAGCCCCUCUCGGCAGACGACUGGGAGAUACUGGAGCUGCAUGCCGUUUCCCUCGAGCAGCAUCUUCUAGAUCAGAUUCGAAUCGUUUUCCCUCAAGCCGUUGUUCCCAUCUGGGUUGACCAGCAGACGUACAUUUUUAUCCAGAUUGUUGCUCUGAUGCCAGCUGCCCCUUACGGAAGGCUAGAGACCAACACCAAACUCCUUAUUCAGCCAAAGACACGCCAAACCAAAGAAAGCACAUUUCCAAAAGAAAGAGACACACAUGGACAAGUUCAUAGUUAUGGCCGAGAACAGAAAGGGAUAUCAAAAGAACUGCAAACCAAGCAGCUUCAUAUGAACACAGAAGGUGUUCCCGGGUCUAAUGGACGAGACCCAGAAGUCCCAGGUGACCCGUUGAAGCCACGCUGGUGGGCUGUGCUAGGAAGCAUGUUUUCCUUUGGGCCUGACAACAAAGAGUCAGCCUGGGGCUCGUUGGAACUUGGUGCUUUCAAAAACAUGCAGUCACAGGCUGUCCCUCUAGACAGUAUUUACAGAGUAUGCCGAGUUCAGCCUCCGAGUGUGCACAACACCCCCGCUACCUCCGUGUUUCACAAACACUGUACCGUCCAUGUAUUUCCGUGGGACCAAGAAUAUUUUGAUGUGGAGCCCAGCUUCACUGUGAUCUAUGGAAAACUAGUUAAGCUACAUUCUCCAAAACAACAGCAAGACAAAAGUAAGCAGGGUGCCCUGUUACCUGAAAAAGAAAAGCAACCAUCCGAGUCUCCAGAUCCUAAGCAGAUCGGCUCCACCCACAGUGAGGAAGCCGAGGCCUGCGUGCUGAAGGUAGUCUGGAACGGACUCGAGGAGCUGAAGAAUGCCUCGGAGUUCACCAAAAGUCUAGAGCCUCUCCACCGAGGCAAAGUCUGGAUUCCAGAUGACCUGAGAAAGAGACUAAAUAUAGAAAUGCAUGCAGUAGUCAGAAUAACUCCACUGGAAACCACCCCUAAAAUCCCAAGAUGUCUGAAAUUACAGCCUAGAGAGAACUUACCUAAAGACGUGAGUGAAGAAGAUGUAAAAUCUGUGUUCUCGUCUUGGCUACAGCAGUCCACUACCACCAUGCUUCCUUUGGUAAUAUCAAAGGAAGAGUGUAUUAAACUGGAAAUUAAAGAUGGGUUGAAAGAGUUCUCUCUGAGUAUAGUUCAUUCUCAGAAAAAAGAAAAGGAUCAAGAAAAAACUGUUUUUGUGUUGAGUCCCAUUCUGCUGCAGAGGAUCUCAGUACAAGUCCUUCUAGAGCCCAUGAUAAGAGAAGAACACAGUGCGGAAAUUGACUUUCUUCUUCCCUCUUUAACGCUGAGCUGUUUGGGUGGAGUGAGUUCCUUAGGUAUAUCCGCCAUGGAACACAUCACUCACAGUCUCCUGGGACGCCCUUUGUCUCGGCAGCUGAUGUCUCUCGUCGCAGGACUUAGGAAUGGGGCUCUUUUGAUCACUGGAGGAAAGGGAAGCGGGAAAUCAACGUUAGCUAAAGCCAUCUGUAAGGAAGCACAUGCCGCUCUGGAUGCCCAUGUGGAGAUAGUCGACUGCAAAGCUUUACGAGGAAAAAGGCUUGAAAGCAUACAAAAAGCCCUCAAGGUGGCUUUCUCAGAGGCGGCCUGGAGGCAGCCAUCUGUCCUUCUGCUGGAUGACCUGGACCUCAUUGCUGGACUGCCAAGUGUCCCAGAGCAUGAACACAGCCCUGAGGCGGUGCAGAGCCAGCGGCUGGCACAUGCUUUGAACGAUAUGAUCAAAGAGCUUGUGUCUAUGGGAAGCUUGGUUGGGCUCAUCGCCACGAGCCAGCUGCAGCGCUCUCUACACCCUUCACUUGUAUCUGCUCAAGGAAUCCACACAUUCCAGUGCAUCCAGCACAUUCAGCCUCCCAGCCAGGAACAGAGAUGUGAAAUUCUGCAUAGUGUAGUGAAAAAUAAACUGGGCUGUGAUAUAAGCGAGUCUCCGGACGUGGACCUGCAGUGCAUAGCUAAAGACACGGAAGCUUUUGUGGCUCGAGACUUUACAGUUCUCGUGGACCGAGCCAUACACUCUUCUCUGUCUCGCCAGCAUGGCUCCACCCGGGAAGAAUUGACUUUAACAACAUCAGACUUCCAAAAGGCUCUCCAUGGAUUUCUUCCUGCUUCUCUGCGAAAUGUCAACCUGCAUAAACCGAGAGACCUGGGCUGGGACAAGAUUGGUGGAUUGCAUGAAGUUCGGCAGAUACUCAUGGAUACUAUCCAGUUACCAGCCAAGUACCCAGAAUUAUUUGCAAACUUACCCAUACGACAGAGGACGGGAAUACUGCUUUAUGGUCCUCCUGGGACAGGAAAAACUUUACUUGCUGGGGUAGUUGCAAGAGAGAGUGGAAUGAAUUUUAUUAGUAUUAAGGGACCAGAGUUACUGAGCAAGUACAUCGGAGCCAGUGAGCAGGCCGUGCGGGACGUCUUCACCAGAGCACAGGCUGCAAAGCCCUGCAUUCUUUUCUUUGAUGAGUUUGAAUCCAUCGCUCCUCGAAGAGGUCACGACAACACAGGGGUUACAGACCGAGUAGUCAACCAGUUGCUGACACAGUUAGACGGAGUAGAAGGCUUACAGGGAGUUUAUGUGUUGGCUGCUACUAGUCGCCCUGACUUAAUCGACCCUGCCCUGUUGCGGCCUGGCCGACUGGAUAAAUGUGUAUACUGCCCUCCUCCAGAUCAGGUGUCUCGUCUUGAGAUUUUAACUGUCCUCAGCAAGUCUCUAGCUCUGGCAGACGAUGUGGACCUUCAGCACGUGGCGUCUGUCACCGAGUCCUUCACUGGAGCGGAUCUAAAAGCUCUGCUGUACAACGCACAGCUGGAGGCCCUGCAGGGACGGCUGCUGCCCAGUGGGCUCCACGAUGGAGGCUCCAGCUCUGAUAGUGACCUAAGUCUGUCUUCAAUGGUCUUUCUUAACCACAGCAGUGGUUCCGACGACUCAGCUGGAGAUGGAGAGUGUGGCUUAGAGCAAUCCCUUGUUUCUCUCGAGAUGUCUGAGAUCCUUCCAGACGAAUCAAAAUUCAAUAUGUACCGGCUCUACUUUGGAAGCUCAUAUGAAUCAGAACUUGGAAAUGGAACCUCUUCUGACUUGAGCUCACACUGUCUGUCAGCACCAAGCUCCAUGACUCAGGAUUUACCUGCAGCUCCUGGGAAAGACCCAUUGUUUACACCACAUGCUGUGUUCAGGACACCUUCCCAAGAAGGCUGCCAAGACCUUACACAGGAACAGAGAGACCAGCUGAGGGCGGACAUCAGCAUCAUCAAAGGCAGAUACCGGAGCCAAAGUGGAGAGGAUGAAUCCCUUAACCAGCCUGGACCAAUCAAAACCAAUUUUGCCAUUAGCCAGGCACAUUUAAUGACUGCACUGGCCCACACAAGACCAUCCAUUAGUGAAGAUGAAGGGAAGGAAUUUGCUGAGCUGUAUGAAAACUUUCAAAAUCCAAAGAAGAGAAAAAGUCAAAGUGGAACCGUGUUUCGAACUGGACAGAGAGUGACUUUAGCAUAAAUGCACUUCUGAUUUUUCUAGAUGUGUUUGUUUGCCUGAUGGUCUGUCCCUAAGUUGUAACUAUAAAAAUGAUGUAAAAAUUUUAAUUUAAUAAAUUUGACUAAUCUAUUAAUCUCACAGAAUGGUUAAGUGCUGUGAUUACAUAAUGCUCAGGACACUCUGAGAGUAACAGUGCAGGCUAAAUGAAGUUCUUCGUAACAGAUUGUGUAUUUUAUUCCCAAGUCUGCAUUAAAUCCUGGAUGACAUUAUGUCAGUGGUGGAGCUCAUUCGUUUUCUAUUAGAGGGAAGUGUUUCUCCGAACUCACAGGCCCAGAGUUACUGUUUUUCUGGCUUUUGACAGAUUGUAUACCUUGCAACUUUUUGACUGUUUUGGAAAAAGAUACAUUCUAUUAUCCUGUUUUUUUUUUUUUUUUUUUUUAAAUCA